AUGGAGACCUUCCCGUUCCAUACUCUUUCUACCUCCUGUAGGCAUGGCUUGCCCCACGCAAAUAUAACCACCCGACUACGCGAAGCCAUCGCCAAUUGGAAUACGCAUCUCCAAGGUAUCAAAGAUCCGGACGAUGUCUUUCGCCAGGAGCGAGCCCGUAUAAGCGACACGUCGAAGAAACGAAUCGAAGAGUUUUAUCUCAAUACCCUGCGGGACAAUGACAACAACAACAAUAACGAUAAUGUUGCCCUUCUUUUGCGAACGCUCCUCUCUGAUGGUCAGCAGAUGAAGGAGCUUGAGAUGGAGCACGAAGUCACCCGAACCAAGAAGCAAGAGCUACAAGAUGAAGUAGCUAAGAGUGUAGGGAGAAGGAUUGUCGCAGAUGUAAUCGACAUCCUAGGCCUCUCUGCAGAGCAGCAUCUGAUGCCUGCAGUACCUCCCCCACCAGAAGAGGCUACAUCGACCACCAAAGACCACGUCGACAGCGCGAGCCUGCCAGUUCCCGAUGAUUCGGACGCACCAGCAGCUACAAUGGGGCUUACCACGCGAACCCGAAGCUACAACAACGGAAGAAUGGCGGAGCCCGUCAGAAGGUGGCGCCAUCGAUAG